AGAGCUCAUGACUAUGUAACGAGCGCGUGCAAAGCGGACUGUUGCCGCGGCAACGAGAGGCCUUGCGGCCGACGCGAAGCCCAGAAAAACAGUGGAGACCCGUAGAGCGUCUGAAGGGGAUUGAAGGAAAGGGGAUUUGGGUGGGCUUGAGGUGAAAGAGAUAUCUUCCGCUUCCACCAUGUUCUUGCAGGUGGAGGAAAUGAGAAGCAGGGAAUUCUGAGAUGGAGCUAAAACGGCAAUUAGAAAGACUCUUGAGGGCAAGGUCAAGUACAGUUCGGGUUACAGAAUUUGAUUGGCAAAGUCAGCUAAAUCCAAGUCCAUCCAUUAAAGAAGAGGAGGAACAAAUUGUGGAUGAAUAUCUUUCUCCUGAUAAGCUGAGAACACUGACAGGAUUAGAUGAUCUGCGACAAGUGAGGGUCCUAGAAAUGCGUGUAGAUACAAAAGAGAACAGCCUGGGAAACUUUGGUACCUAUCUUCCUAAUCUAAAACAUCUGAAACUGAACCAUAGUAAGAUUACCUCUGUAAGGGAUCUUGGAACAGCUCUGACUAAUCUUCAAGUCCUGUGGAUGGCUUGCUGUAGGCUUCCAGAUUUAGAUGGGAUCUCUUCCUGCUGCUCUUUGAAGGAACUCUACAUAGCCUACAACAACAUUAGUGACCUAAGUCAAGUGAGCCAGCUGGAACAUCUUGAGGUUCUAGACCUUGAAGGAAACAGCAUUGAAGAUCUCAGUCAGAUUCAGUAUCUGGGGCUUUGUGCAAAAUUGUCUACUCUUACACUGGAGGGAAAUCUUAUAUGCUUGAAACCAAGUCCCCAAUCUCCAGAGGUCCCAGAUUACAACUACAGAGCUGAAGUGAAACAACUCAUUCCUCAUUUAAAAUGUUUGGAUGAAAUGCCAGCAGAUCAAACAGACUUACCUUCCCCGUGCAAGAUGAACGAGGAAUGGUUCCUUGUCAAGACAUCAAUCAAAGAAGGACAUUUACUUGACCAGACUUCUGAUUCUGAUUCAGAAUCUAUACCAAGUUGGCUCUGUUCUUCUAUGAAGCUUCCUGUAACACAGUUCCCUGUACCUUCCAGACCUCAGACUGGACAAAGACCUCCCAGUGCCCAUUUACUUUUUGGUUGUAGCACUCUCCUAGAGCCAACUGUUUGUGAGGAAGGCCUGCCUGAAGAUGAUGCCAGUGAUUUGACUCAUGGUAUCAACAGAGUCAUAUGUGGGAACCCCAUCAAAGCUCUUCACGCACGAAGACAAAAGCUGGGACCUACAGUAGCAGACCUAGUCCAGCCACCACUUUCUUUAUCUGAACACAGCCAUAACUCUGAAGAGACGGAUUGUAUGAAUGGGGAAGACCUCUCUGCUGAGCUAGAAGCCUUGGGAAAGCAUCCUUACCAGCAUCUGCAAGCCUUCCAAAGAGAGAAGUCAUCACAAAUACUAAAAAUAACACACAGUGAAGAGGACAAAGAGGAGGGAGAACAAGACUGCAGACUUAAUGAUAGCACUAAAGAAGACCAGAAAGAAACUGUUCAGGACAUCAUGGAAAUCGCAUCACCCAAUUCCUCCUCUCAUUCCAUUCUUUCUCAUUCGUCAUCAGAGUCAUCUGAUGUCCCAGAAAAUGCAGUACCAACCAUUGUAAAGCAUACGCUCACACCCUCUCCUCCAAAAUGUCCCUCCCCUGCAUCUAUACGGAGUAUUAAAGGUGGACUUGUCAGAGCCAGACACCUGAAGAUGCCCCAUUCAAAAAAGGCAGCUCUGCUAAAGCCACAGUCUCCAUCACUUAUGAACAGGAAUAUGGUGCAUCAUGUAGUGGAGAAGAUUGGUGUGCUGAAUCUCCACAGAAGAACAGAUACCUCCUCUAAUGUUGUAGAACAGAGGUGUAGUAAGAUUUGUGGCACUAGCAGCAGUAGUCCCAGCUCAGGAGCAGAAGAAGUCGGAACAACAAACAAUAGAGCUAUUUUGGAUGGUGACCUCAAUGGCAUGAUAAAUAUGCAUCAACCUGUUGUCCAGUCAUGCCUACGAAAACCAAGGCAAUUUUCAGUACUGAAUAUUGCCCGCCCUCUGACUACCAAGGCUGCCAUGCAAAGCUUGCCAAAAAAGCCAGAGAUCUCAAUGACAACUCAAAGCAAUACUCCAGAUUUUUAGGAAAUGCUCUGAGCAGCUGAGCAAAUACUGUUGUCAAAUCACAGAAGCAUUCAGUCGCUUUCUGUGCUUCCCAUCUUCUGAUCAGCAACACAAGCUGCCUUCUCUGAUUCAUCCUGAUCACUGAAUACAACAGUGCCUCGAGGCAAGCACAAAAAUUUAUUUACCUCCAACAAAAAUUCUGCUGUAAAGAGAGAAUCUACGUGUUUCCAGUAAACCAUUUUAGCAGACUUCAUAAGAAAAGGAGAGGAACUUGGUGUGCCCCAAACCUCUGCACGUGUCUGCUUACCUACCUGAUGUUUAGCGCAACAGCAUGGCUGACUUUGGCCCCCUUGACUCAGCCACUGGGAGGAAAGUACAGAUAAUCGUUCAGCAUUCAGUUGCAGUUAUUUUCACGUCAGCACUCUGCCAAAUUGAUGUGUUCCCUUUAGUAAGCAGACAGACUAGGAAAGUAAUGUCGCUGAAAUUGUCUGGGACCAGAAUUGAGUAUGAUUUCCAAGUUCUUUGGUCAGGACUCCCAUUCACAAAAAAUAUCCUUGACUCAUGUGCCAGCUUCAAUUCCACAGCAUUGUGGACACUACAGUCCAUUAUUCUAUAAAUUGUCAUUUUCGGGUAUGGACUUGCUGAGCAGCUCAAAAGAGAUGUGUGGCAUUGAUCCAGAAUUGCUGUUAUACAGUUAUGUCUGAAUUUUGGGGGACUGAUGUAAAAACCUCUUUGCAUUGGAUGUGCUUGAUUUCCAGUGAUCUUCCAUUUAUUUUUUCCCCUCAUACUUUCUCACAGCAAAUGUACUUUUGGGCAAAUAUACUGUAAUUUCUUUUUUCUG